AGCACCCUACUUAUGAUUCUAUAAACUUAAUAAAAAAUAAAAACUGAAGACCUCCCUCAAGUUCCGAUCCUCUUUGCCUCUUCUCUCUAUUCUCUACGGCAACGAGAAGACUUCAUCCACCGCUGCCCAUCAAAUACCAGCGCUUCGCUGAUUCUCCCUAGCACCGCAAAGCUCCCAACGCGGACACCAAGCCAUCUUCUCCGGUUCUUUGUACCUCCAUGGGUUAUCCGCAUCAGUUCUUCCCAACCUCCAGUGCUUCUCUCCCCGCUUCCCAGCUCAGUAUAUACAUCUCUUUCUACUCUCCUUGAGUUACCAGCCGUCCACCGCUACCGCCGCCGCAUUUUCUAGCUGGCCUCGCAGCUUCUGAAAAUCAAUUGUAAAGGAGCAAAUGAAGCACCUAAUUGCGGCUUUCACCCCAGACGGUGAUUACCUUGCCAUUUUGUCUUCUAAUGGAACGGUGAAGAUUUGGAGCACAAGUGACGGGAGCUUAUUCUCUGAGUGGAAGCAGUCGGAUGAAAAUCCUGGUAGUAGGUUCUCUUGUAUGGCAUGCAGUUUUGUUGGGAAAAAGCGUAGAAAAGUACGCGGUACCGUCUUGUUAGCUCUCGGCUCAGACAAUGGGGAUGUCUUUGCUGUUGAUGUUUCAUCUGGAGAGAAGAAGUGGGAAAUUACUGGUUCCUUUCCUGGUGGAGUGGCUGGUUUAUCUUUUACAAAUAAAGGUCGUAGUCUACAUGUGGUUGGAACUAAUGGAAUGGUAUCUGAAAUGAACUCGGAAACUGGAACCCCUAUACAAGAGUUCAAAGCUUCAAAAAAGCAGAUAUCUGCUUUAGCUUUUUCUAGUGAUGAGAAUUUUUUAGCAGUAGCUGAUGAUAAACUGUGUGUUUUAAGUUUGGAAGAUGGGAAGAAACUUUUAAAGUUCUCUAAUGAGACGGGCCAUGUUCAGUUUGCUUCUAUAUCUGAUGAUGCCAGUGCCCUAGUUACGUCAGGCUCUCGAGAUAAACAUCUCCAAGUAUGGAGUUUGGAUAAGAAUAGUGGUACAGUUAGUCGUGGCUCCGUUCUUUCUAUGAAACAUACUCCGUUAAGUUUUCAAUGUAAAGAUGGAUGCAAUGGAAAAUCUAGUACGGUUGUCUUGGCGGUCUCAAAGUCAGGUGUAGCGUAUGUGUGGCAUUUGAAUUCCCUAUUAGAAGAGGAGGUUAAUCCGAUCAAAGUAACAUGUAAAGUAAAUGAAGAUGAAAAGGCCCUGCAAAACAGUGAAAGUGUGAAGAAUGGUCGUGUUUCUAUUUUUGCUGCAAGAUUACAAAGUUUAGAUGCCACCAAAGAUAUGAAAGCGCUCAUAGCUUUUGGGUCAAUUGAUCAUCCACAGUUCAGUCUUGUGGAUAUUAGUAAAUCAGGGCAGGAUGUUGUCAUAAAUGCUUCAGAUGAGACUACAAGCAUUUUGGAAGAUGGAGUUGCAAAAGCUGAUUUGCAGCCAGAAGCAACUGUUUCACCGAAGAAAAAUAAAAAAACAAAUAAGAAGCGACUGGCAUCUGAAGCAGAUCAAUCAACUGUAGGUGAUAUGGUUGAUAUUGGUCCUGGAGAAGCUGCCGAUGGAGUACUUGUUGAUGACGAUAUAAAUGAGCCAACUAUGGGAGAAAAACUUGCGGGUCUAAAUCUAGUAGAAAAUAAUACAGCAAAGAGCAAUGAAAAUGACGAGUCUUCUGUCAUUAAGCCUCCUAGUGCAGACUCUGUUCAUGUUCUGCUUAAGCAAGCUCUACAUGCUGAUGAUCGUGCCAUUUUGUUAGAUUGCUUAUAUACCCAAGAUGAGAAGGUUAUAGCAAAAUCAAUCUCACUGUUGAAUCCAUCAGAUGUUUUGAAGCUAUUACAAUCUCUCAUAUCCAUUACUCAGUCAAGGGGUGCAGUCUUGGUAUGUGCACUUCCAUGGCUGAGAAGCCUACUUCUUCAUCAUGCAAGUGAAAUUAUAUCGCAGGAAUCUUCUUUACUUGCCUUAAACUCGCUGUAUCAGCUUAUAGAAUCAAGAGUUUCUACUCUCCAGUCAGCUCUUAAAGUGUCAAGUGUCUUGGAAGUGCUUUAUACAGGGAAUGCUGACGAGGAUCAAGAUGAAACUGAAAUGAACGUGCCAAUUAUUUACGAGGACAGAGAUGAAAGUGAGGAGUCUGAGGACGCCAUGGAAACCGAUGAUGAGAACAGCGAUGAUGCUGACACAGACAAUGACGAGGAGGCACCCGAAGGAGCCUUUGGUGAUCUUAGUGAUCUUGAAGGCAUGAGCGAGUAGCUGAAGCUUUGAGUUUCCUGUCAAAGUUUUUGUAGGAGAGAAUGUAACUUUACAUAUUUUUUUGUUUUAACGUGAUGAGCUUAAAUAUUACUAAAAUCAAUGAAAAUUUUGCACAUGUGAGCUUGAAUAUUCCUAAAAUGAUGAAAAUUUUGUCCACGUUUUUCA